GCGUUUGGCAAAAAACAUUUAUUUUAUCUUGCGAUUGUCGAGAAGUUUUGCAGUCAGUUGAGCAUAAACAUUCAUACGGUGCGGUUUGGUGAAACAAUAUUAGCAAAAGCGACUAACAAGCGACUACAUAUUGUUCAAUACAAAUCAGAAAAAUUUGGAUUUUAGAAUUUAGUGGAUUGUACGUGGUGGCGUAUACGUAACAUUUAGUAUUUAGAAUAUUCUAAAUAGAAUGUGCUUUCUUCCCGUGCAAACGAAUUGCUAAAAAGUUUAUAACCAUUAAGAAACAAAAUAAUAACAAAUUUCCAAUGCACCAGAAACGACUUCAGUUCAAUUUUGUGCUGUUUUGUUCUAAAUAAAAAAAAAAUAUUUAAAAAAAUUCUCAAAAUUUUACAAUAAAUAUUUUUUAUAUUCUUAUUUGCAAAAAGUGCAUAGAAUGGACUAUUUCGUAGCAUUGCAUGUGUGCGUGUGAGUGUGCGGAACAACAAAUACAACUAUAUAUCGCUUAAAAGUGCAUAUAUAUCCUUAUAUAGUGAGCAGUUUUACCGAGGAAUUUCGUCUCAAACGAAUUACAACAUAAAUAUAAAAAAUUAACUUAAGUGACGAUAUAUUAACGCCUAUUAAGUAAUUCACCAAAAACGCACUCAAAAUGAAUAGCAACAUAACUUCGCGCUUCGACAUGGCCGCUGAGAUUGCGACCAUAGCAUUGGACGAAUUCAAAUCGCAUCAUGUUGAUUGGAAUUACACGGGACUGAUACAACGCUAUUACCAUUUGGUAGAGCGAGAUUUCGGUGAUCCCCGCGCCACACGUUUCCCCCUAAUGGAGAAUCCCCUUUAUACAUUCGGAUUGGUUGCCAUAUACCUAUCUUGGGUUCUAUUGAUUGGACCAACAUUCAUGCGCGACAGAAAACCCUUCCAACUGCGUCGUACAUUAGUCAUCUAUAAUGCCUUUCAGGUGGCGUUAAGCGCGUACAUGUUCUACGAGCACCUCAUGGCUGGUUGGCUCAACAACUACAAUUUGAAAUGUGAACCCGUGGAUUACUCUGAUGGGCCAAUGUCAAAGCGGAUGCUAAAUCUCUGUUACGUUUACUACCUCUCGAAAUUGACUGAAUUUGCCGACACAUUUUUCUUUGUGCUUCGGAAAAAGUCGUCACAAAUAACAUGGUUGCAUGUGUACCAUCACUCGGUGACGCCAUUGGAGACCUGGGUACUAGUAAAAUUCUUGGCUGGUGGCAAUGCAACAUUCCCCAAUCUGCUCAACAAUUUCGUGCACGUUUGUAUGUAUUUCUACUAUAUGAUGUCCGCCAUGGGACCAGAAUACGCCAAAUAUCUGUGGUGGAAGAAGUAUAUGACUGAAUUGCAAAUCGCACAAUUUGUGCUCUGCAUCGUGCACACCACCCGCGCUCUCAUCAGUUCUCAAUGCCAAUUUUCGAAGUUCAUCUCCUCGCUGCUGCUGUUGAACGCCUCCAUCUUCUUCUGCCUCUUCAUGAACUUCUACAUGGCCAGCUACAAGAAAUUGCAGAAUCAGAAAAUGACCAUCGCCGCCAAAAUGAACGGUGCGCCGCUUGCGCAAAACGGUUGUGCGUUAGCAACGAAGAAAAUUGUGGAAAUGAACAACAACACUAUGGACACAAUGGAUGCUAUUGGCUUGUUGGCGCUGAAGGAAAAACUGAAUUAAAUAUCUGAAAACCAAACGGAGCCAGACUUUCCAUGAAUCACUCCAUAAAUAGCAGACAAAAUAUAUUUGAUAAAAAUUUUCUACAAAAAGGGGGAUUAUAAUCGGAAGUACGUAAGAAUGGCAACAAGAAUAUUUGGUAAAGGCUUUGAUUGCUGCAACGACUUAAUUUUUUUAAUCAAAAACUUUGUAUUUUUUAGAAAUUUGGUUAUUUGAAGUUCAUGCUCAUAGUUUAUUAAAAAAGUGUUCAUCCUUACCAACUAAAUUGUUAAAAUUUAAAUAGAAAAUUUAUAGUAGAAUGAAGAAGUAAGCUAAAAAGUAGAAUCUCGAUGUUGAUUUAUCAAAUUACAAAAUAAACUGUUAACAUUAAAAUUUUUAACAGCGAAUUUUCGAGGAAAACAUUUUUAAAAACACAGAAACAAGAACAAUACAUUUUUAUGCACAAACGUUGAAGCCCCAACAUACUACUGAUGAUUUUCAUGAAAAGCCUUUUCUUGUCUAAAAAACGAACAUUAUACUAUAGGCAGAUAUCUUUGAUUUAACAGAACUGAAAGAUUGGCGAAUCGAAUAGACAACUGGCAUAAAUAUAAUAGAUUUAUAACAGAAACAAUUUAUGCCCCUAUAAUUAACUGUCCAUCUACUCUCUGUAUUGAAUCCCAUGGGCUAAUUUUAACAAGGGAGCAGAAGUCAGAGGAUGGAAGGUGUGAAAUUUAAGUCGUUUAGUGGAGAAAGAGGUUUUAACAUUAUGUCAUGUUCACAUCAUUUUUAAAACUCGUUCUAAAUUUCGAAAGAACAUAUUCGAAAGCAAAGUAAAGCCUGUAGAUUUAAAGAAAAUAAAAUAUGUUACGAAAUUAGGAUUAAAAGGAAACCCAUUUCAUUUCGAAGUUUAGUAUUGCUGAAUAACUGAACGUUUUAACCUGCUAGUUUCGCCCUGUGCAAGUGUGUUAAAAUUUUGUUGACUGAAUUAAAAAAA